GAGGGCCAUAAACCUGACAAGAUUUAAUUAAAUAUAAAUAGACGAGUCAAAGGACGACCACUGUCAAUAGCAUCCAUCAGUUCCGAAGACAGCGUCAAUUUGGAUGAAUUGAUUAAAGCCAACUAUGCCUCGGAUAUGGACGAUGAAACGAGUCUCCCAGACCUCGCUAACCUGGAACUCGAUGAUUCGGAUGAGGAGUUUUGGAAGAUGGACGAGUCCUCCAUUGCAUCCCACAAAUUGCCCACCCCGCCCAUGAAGCCUGCUGCGUUCCCAAGGAUCCGUCGACAUCGUUCGGGCAGUCUGAGCAGCGAGAACAGUGUGACAUCUCAGUCGACUGUAACGUACAGAACACACAACCUGAUGCACCCAUCGACAUCAAACUCAACUGCUACCUCGGCCAACGGCAGCAUGACUAGCGGCAGUCAUCAUUAUCAUCCUCCUUAUCAGCAACAGCAGCAUCUAUCACCGCAACAGCAACCAUCAUCAUCAGCACGUCUUCCAAAGCCUGCACAAAGCCACUCGUUCAAUACCUCUUCGAACAACAACAACAACAACGAAUUACCUGCCCGUUCAGGCUCAAGAAUCGGCAUGACUUCCAAACUUGCCAAGCGGGCAUCGCAUAUACCAGCACCCUCCAGUUCCCGGCUUGCCACACCCAGUCCGCAACGCACACUGUCAACGCGGUCGAGCAGUAGCAUUGGUAGCGGAUUGGCAAGAUUGAAUGCCGCAAACAACAGUAGUACUUGUUCCUCACAUGCGCGCGACCAGCAGCAAUCAUCGAGUCUAUUAUCGGCAGCGCCAAGAACAAGCAGUCGUUUAGGCAACCGUGCCAGUCAUAUCCCAUCGACAGCAACCUCGCGCGCACGAUCACCCAUGGGUAUGUUGGGUGGUAGUAGUGGAGGAGGGGGACAAAGAACUAGUAUUUUUGGCGGUCCUCCCUCUUCCUCUUCAGCGUCCCGUCCACCGUCACGACAACAACAACAACAACAGCAACAUGUGUUGCCACGGUCAACGGCAUCCACGACAAGAAGUGCGAGCCGGAUUGGCAUGACAAAAAGAUCAGCAUAUUAGGAGGGGAAGGAGGAAAAUUAAUUUCUCCUACCCACCACAUCCACCUUUCAUUUUUUCAUAAUUGUUGUGUAUAACAUAAUAAUCUGGUUUGUCAUUCCCUCUCUUUUUUGUUUCUUUUCUAACCAUAGCAGCAUACAUUAUAUACUACAUCUUUUUGAUACUACUACUACUACUACUAUUACCUCCAUUAUCAUUACCACCACCACUACUACUACUACUACUACUAGUAGUAGUAUAUCAUGAAAAUACUACACUUAUAUAUAUCGCACAACGCAUUACGCACAGACAACAAGCAUUUUAGAGAACGCCACACACAAACACUUACACAUU